UGUUCUUCAAGCAAGAUGAUCGCUCCCGUUCUCUCUCUCCUCAUGGCCCUUGGUUCUGCCAGUGCAUCGAGCGUUUACAUUUCCAUAAGCGAGGUCGCUUCAGGACAGCCAACAGAGUCCACGUCGUCGUUUUACUACGCAGCCAUAACCCUUAACGCAACGUCGGACUUGGCCGUCGAUGGCGACACCAAUGGCGACUUCCUCUCCGGCAGCUGCUUCUCCAGCGAUGUUCCGGACGUCAACCCCGUAUGGUACGUCGACCUUGGCGAAAAUUUCAACAUCUACAGCGUCAAGAUCUACAACAGAGGGGAUUGUUGUGCUGAUCGUCUCGCUGAUUUUGCCAUCGACGUUGUCGAGAACAACCCCUUUUCUGGCGACCCUGGCAACGUGGUCAACUGUGGCAACAUCGGCAACCCCGGGGAUGUGGGCCUCAAUGGAACAAUAGAGAUUACAUGUCCUUUCCAAACCCUGUACUAUAAGCACUACUUCAGCAUUGUGUUCCCCACCGGCCGAUACAUCCGCAUCACCAAAACGGGCGAGGGAAUGAUGGCGUUUUGCGAGAUCGAGGUCAACGCCGCUACCAACAUCUUCUACAAAUACUCCUCCCGCGAAGAAAGUGGCGAAAAUGGCCUUGCUCCAGAGGGCUUGAAUACGUUCAAACCCGCAGCGGAAAACAUGCAUUAUGUCCCAGUGACCUUACCCGUCACAAGCGACGCCUAUGGUGAUCAAAGUCAGGAGACGGAAGACGAAUGAAAACGACAUCCGAAAGGGAAACUUCUAUCUACUCAGUGUUUCCUUGGCUUUGUCUCCCUUGAGAGAGAGUGUGUGGUCGGAGCAUAAUAUGAAAUAAACCAUUUUGGUUCAAAAUAAAA